AUGAUGCCAAGUAAAUUUUAUAAAAGAAGUCUAAGCACUAGAAAUGAAGAUAACUACAAUUAGUAAACUAUAUUUAAACACCCCCAAACUAAUCUUACUCCCAUCAAAAAAAGAGUCAAUCUAACCAGAAUAGAUGGCUACGAGAACAUCAUUUCCUAACUCUAUACUCCCAGAUAAAUCAAAAACAUUGGUUAUUCACCUAAGAUUAUUAAACAUAGCGCCUAUUAAGAAGAGAGUCAGUUUAAUAAUAUUGUUUAAGGUUACUUCUUACCAACUCCUAGAAAAAUUUCAUUAUAAUUUAACAAAAUAAUCACAGAACCUACUACUUUUAACAAUAGUCCGAUUCGGAAACAAGAGAAAAAUUGUAUCAUAUUAAAAAACACUAAAACUGAUCUGGAGUAUGAUUUAGAUAAACAAUUGAAUAUCCCAUAGAAAAUUAGAUUAUACUUUAGCUGUCAAAAAUUACAAAAAAGAUUCUUUAAAUUAUAAGAAUUACUUCAAUUUAUAAGCAUUAAAUCUAUUUAUUAAUAUCUGAAUGACUAAAAUUCAAAUACCAUUGACUAUGUAGCAGUAAUCAUUUUAUUUCAUUUUUUUCUAGGAAUUUGAUAUUUAAUAUAAGCAAUUCAUUUUGACAGAAUUCUUGUGUAUCAUAUUGUAUUUCUUAAUCAAAUAUAAUUUGAUCAAAAAAGAUGAAUUAAGCAGAUUGGAAAAACUAAUCUUGUAUUAACAUUAAUAAAAUGCCUGUAAUGUCAUUCAUAAGCUGUAAAUUCAUGUCCCAGGAUUUAAGACCUACAUGCAUUUGUUCUAUCAACUUCAAUAAGCCAAUCCAUUAAUUCCUAAGUAGAUAGAUUUACUCAAUAAAUACAUUGAUAAAACUAUUGAUGAUUUAAUUAAGUACUAAGUAAUUCAUUUAUGAAGAACUAUUGUUAAUUAUUAAUUAAAGCAAUAAAUUAGAGAAUUCUUAUUUAUGAAGAUUGAAUAAAAAACAAGCGAUUUUAUAGACAAACUGAAAAAAAUUAUAGAGUCAAUCCAGGAGCAUCUUUAUUUUCUACCUAAAAAUGAAAAAGAAUACACACUAAUACUAGAUUUAGAAGAUACCUUGAUUCACAUAGACGAUAACGCUUAAAUAAAGAAGAGACCAUUUUUGUAAGAGUUUCUUGAAGAACUGAGUCGAUAUUACGAAAUAGUUGUUUUUGGUCACCUGCCAUAAUUAGAAAUGGAAAAGUAUUUAGCUAUCUUUAUUUAGAAUUAUUCCAAAAAUAGACGAAAAUUCAAUCAUCAAACAUCAACUUAAUAAAAAUCAUUUAAUGAAAUAUGAAAAAGUAUUAAUUAAAGAUUUAACAUUGCUGGGGAGACCUCCAAAUAAGUAUAUUAUAGUGGAUAAUGACCCAUUUAAUUUUCUCCUUAGUCCUCAAAAUGGUAUAUAAAUAAGAUCUUGGCAUGGCGAGCCAGGAGAUCAUGCAUUAUAAGAUUUGUAACCCUUUUUAGGUGAUCUGCGUCUAUACAAAGAUGUUAGAAUUGGAUUAACAUAAGUCAAAACAUACUCUCAAUUUUUUUUUGUACCCUUGUGA